UGUUAUGUUUUAGGUGUAAGUUAUCGGAAAUUAGGGGGGAAAAGAUGAUAGCACGUGGCGCCGGCGCGGUUCGUCUAUCCGGUCGAAAUGCCGCUACGUAAAAUGAGUUGCGGUACAUACAGGCGCGGCAUCGCGACGCCAAAAGAGAGAGAGAGAAAGAGAGAGAGAGAGAGAGAGAGAGAGAGAGAGAGAGAGAGAGAAUCGGAGAACACGGUUGUGCGUCAAUUGCGCCAAUUCGAGCGUCGCUCGAUAAACUGACGAGAACGACAACGGCAACGACGACGACGAGGAGUUAACGUGCUGCGUCAAAAGUAACAUCGUUUUCUUCUACCUAGCUAGCAUUAGCACUAGCGUUUUCUCCGAGCUUUCGCUCGUAUUACCAGUGGUGGUGCUGGUUGUGGUGGGAGCAACCUCCGUUUUAUUUCUGUCUUUCGCUCUACGUGCACGUAACAAAUAGAAAGAAACUAAAGAUACAAGGAGACUGGUUAAAAUCGCGAUCUCGUUUUCUUUUUAAUCUUUUUUUACUAAUCCUUAACUUCUAUUCCAUUUUUUAUUUCAUUCCAUUCUCCAAAUUCUUUAUAUUUUUUUAUCCGUCUAAGGAUUUUCCUUUCUUACCCGCCUUCCUAUCUGUCUAUCUGCCCUCUUUCCUUCCCCCUCCCUCUACCCUGAUCUGUUAAUAUCAAUCACGUGUCUUUCCACAAGAGGAACACACAGUUACGAGAUUUCUCAUUGUUGACGAGUUGUCGACGAUGGAGGAUAGUUACACGGUCCACCGACGUCGCAAGGCAGCGGCAAAGAGACGCGAAAAAACACCGGAACCCUCGUCGAGAAGUCAACUCGUAGAGACAUCCGAGGAUGAGGAAGAGAUUAGGAGAGCGAGGAUGGAGAAGAUGGCUGAGGAUACUGAACGUAUGGAAGAGAUGGAAAAGGAGAGAAAGGUGAAAGGUCAGGAGAAAGACGGGCGAUUAAACGAGGAACAGGAUCAGAAGGAAGGGACGCAUGAAAGAAAGAAAACUACGAACGGUAAAAAGAAUGCUAUACAACUUGAGGAUGUUGCUCGUCGAGAUAUGAUUUCUUCGCAAGCAACAACAAGUCUUAUUAAUCGUUCACGUGAAAUCGAUAACGAUAACAACGUAGAACGGAAUCUACAACAGGAUAUUAAGGUUCCGAGUAAAAUGGUGGAAGAGGAGGCGGAGGAGGAGGAUAUUGGAAAAAAGGAAACUCUGAGGAUAAGGGAAGAUGAAAGCGAACUUAUCGACACGAGGAAAGUUGAAAAACGAACGAAAAAAAGAUCGAAGGAUCGUACGAUCGAAAGACAUCCUCGGUCAACGGAUUCUAGUGAGGAAAAAAGCGAGACUAGCCCAAGUAGAUUAAAGUCCUCUGAAAUUGUCAGACCAAGAACGAGAAAAUCCACUGGUAGAGCUCGAAUGAAUGAGAGUGAUAAGUCCGUUCGUGAGAAACACUCGUUCGAUACGAAAAUUCGCCCUAAGGAUAAAACUGAGAAAAAAUCUUUACAACAACCCCCUGACCCCAAUGAAAAUAUCACAGAGGGAGCGACGAUGAAGAAAAGCGAAAGCUUCCCACCCAGAUCCUUGGAACGACAACCAGUUGUAAAGAGAUCAGCGACAGAUGUUAAAAAACAAGUGAUACCAUUGAGUAACGAUAGUCUAAUAGAGGAUUUUGCGAAAGCACAGCGCGAAUAUUUAUUGAGAGAACGUAGCAUUUUGGAUCCUGAUUUACCAGAGGACUAUCAGGAAGCUAAUGAAAUAAUGGCUAUGAGAAGGCGAAAAAUUGGUAUGAUUCAUAGCGAAAGCGAACAUCAAGAGAUUAUUAAUUUGGUGAAAAAUGAGCCGGUAGAUUCGUUGAAAAGCUCUUGGUACUCUCGAUUCACAUUGUUUUCAUUCUUUAUGAAAAAGAACAAAACUGAUAGUUCCGAGAUAGAGAAAGAACGCGAGGAUAUGCCGAAAAAUGAAUCAAUCGAAGAAAUAACAAAUUCUGAGAAGGGACGUACCGAUAUACAAGAAAAAGUUACUUUCUUGGAUUUCCUUCGUGCGCUAAAGGACAUCGCGUCCGAAUUAAAGGCUUUCAUGACUCAAAAUCCAAUAGAAAUGAGGAUAAUAAGAAAAAUGAGAAAUCGUUGUAUAGCCCAAUUAAUUUUGAUCAUGAUUUAUUGCGGUCUUGGUGCUUUUGUUUUUCGAUUUACCGAAGGUGCGUUCGAGACCUUUUACAAGUGCGGCGUAAAGAGAGUAAAGAGAGACUUUUUGGAUAGCCUAUGGAAUUAUAGUCACAAUCUUAGAGAGGACGAUUGGAAGAGCCUGGCGCGAAGAAAGUUAAUGGAGUUUGAGGAACAAUUACAUACCGCACAUGAGGCAGGUGUACACACGUAUAGUGGACAAAGAAGUUGGACCUUCUUGAAUGCCGUCGUAUAUUGUCUCACUGUGAUCACUACUAUCGGAUAUGGUCAUAUCUCACCGAGCACUACAACCGGAAGAGCCAUCACGAUUGUUUACGCUAUAUUUGGUAUUCCGAUGUUUCUUAUCUUAUUGGCAGACUUUGGCAAAUUAUUUACACGCGGUAUCAAGUUCCUUUGGGCAUUCGUAAGAAGGCUCUAUUACACUGGAAGUUGUCGAAAAGUUCGUGGAACUGUGCCUGUACAGGAAGUUAUGAAAGGCGUCCAACUGGUAUAUGAUCUCGCGACGUUUAGAAGACCAUCCCAAAUGAACCCGGAAGAUAUAGAAGAGAUUCAAAAGCAACAAAAUCAACAGGCCGUAUUAAAUAUAGAUGGAAAUGCACCAGACACACCGGGAACACCGGCUAUGUCAACGUUCGCAAUAGAUGAUGAAUUUAAUCUUCCGAUAUCAGUAGCAAUAUUCAUUCUUCUUGGAUAUAUCUUCAUAGGUGCUACGCUUUAUAAUGCGUGGGAGCAAUGGGGUUUCUUCGAGAGUUUCUAUUUUGUUUUCAUUUCAAUGAGCACUAUCGGUUUCGGCGAUUACGUGCCAAAGAUGCAUCCCAUGUAUAUGAUGUGUUCGAUAAUAUACCUGGUAUUUGGUCUGGCUCUAACUUCGAUGUGCAUCAACGUAGUACAGGUGAUGCUGUCGGAUUCAUUCAAACAGGCAAGCCAAAAAAUUGGUGCCACGAUCGGCUUUGAAAUCGCGGAUGACGAUGGAUCGGUGAAACCUGCUCCACCACCACCAGUUGAAGUGGCAGACAUUCAUACAUCUAUAAAAGAUUCUGAAAGUGUUGAAAAGAUAGCACCUAAAGCGAAACAAGAGGAUGUAGAUCUAUAAGUUAUAAAAACACUUGUAGAUAUGAUUAUUGGAAAAAAACAUUUAAUUGAUCUUACGUUCUUUCAAAAGAGCUUUAAGUGCGUAUUCCAAUUUUGAAAAAUUAUAAUCCUCUGCUUGCUUGAUCAGAUGGACUUUCGGCUUUUAUUAUCACAACAAAUAUGUAUAUGUAUUAUCUGUGCAUGCACAUAUUUAUAUAUAUAUAUAUAUAUAUAUAUAUAUAUAUAUGCAUGCGUGAUAAAGGGAUAUUUAUAUUUGAAACAGAAAGAUACAUUCGCUUUCUUGUUUGAAAUAAUCCACUUUUUUAUCGAGUAAAAAAAAAGUGAAAGAGAGAGAAAGAGAGAAAAAAAUGAAAUGAAAAACACUUCUGCACAAUGAGAGCGGCCUUAUCGUUGUUGUCGUCGUCGUCGUCGUCGUUCUUUCGCUUAAUUAAUUUAUAAGAAAAAAAUGAUCAGAAUGGCUUGUCCUUUGGGAUAUCCUUCGAACAAUCGCAAACGUAUAUGUAGACCGCUUUACGCUGUCACAUUUAUUCAUUUCAAAAUUGAUAAAGAAAUCGAUGUAUCAUUGAAAAGAUUGUCAAUGUCUUGUCAAUGAUUUGUGAUACAGAUAAUAUAAUUUUAGGAUAACAUCGAUCGUCUUAUAUAAUAAUAAUAAUAUGUUAUUUUCUCAUGAUUAUGUGAAAAAGCAGACUGAGAAUAUUAUUUUUUAAAUGCUAAUCAUUUAUUUUAUUUUACGGUUUGUUCCUCAUAUUUUAAUAUCUAUUGACAAUAAAUAUAAACACAUAAAAAUAUACAUUACACCUUUUUUUUUUUUUUUACAAUUUCUCUUUUAAACAAUUUACAUAAUGAUCUUUACAUUUUCUUAAUCAUAUACAAUUCGUAUUUCUUGCUUCUUAUUACUCCAUACAGAUUGAUACUAAUAAUAUUCUUUACUAUUUCAUUAAUACUAAUUAAUAUUCUUUACUAUUUCAUUUUUUAACGAUUAUUGUGAUUUCAAGAACAGAAAAUAAUAAUUUGACACAAGUAAUAUCUGCUUUCGUACAUAAUAUUUAAAGAAUUCACUUAUCUAAUAUGCAAUGUAAAUUAACAAUCAUAUUUGCAAGAGAGGUACUAUUUCUUCUAUAGAGAACCGCGUCCAUUAUUAACAUAAUAUAGAUAAAUUGUAGCAUAGAUAAAUUAUAUGUGAAUUGUUUUUCAAAUAUUUUAUUAAUAAUAUUGCAUAUUAUAAUUCCAAUGUGGCUAGAUGAACAUCGACACGAUGACUUUAUCUUUAAUAUAUAAUAAUAUUAAAUGCAUUCAUUAUAUACCUAUAUGUGUAUGUAUAUAUAUAAAUAUAUAUAUAUAUAUAUAUAUAUAUAUAUAUAUAUAUAUUACUAGUUCUGACUGAUUAUAUUAUGUAUUUUUUUAAUGAUAUUUUCGUUUGUCGCUUGUAAAGUCUAAUUUUUAGAUUACUAGUAAUUUAUUGUUUGGUUACGAUUUUAUUCCUUUUAUUUCUAUUUUCUAUAUUUGCAUGCAAGAUUAAGAUAUUAUCUCAAAGCAUCGAAUUUAAGCUGUAAAGGUCUAAUAAUUUUUGUGCGAAAUUAUAUAAAAUAAAUAUAAAUAGAACAACGUAGCCAUUUUUCACUACAAGAAAAAAAAGAGAAUCGUGCCUUUUUAAAAAUCAACUGUAUUAGCUACUUACUAUAUUAUCUAAUUCCUAUGACACAAGAUCCCAUUUGUAAAAGUUAGUAUGCGAUUUAUAAAAAAAAAUGUCGAACAAUUAAAUAUCGAAUGCCUAUUUUUCUCUUUAUAUUUUAAACAAUAAAUAACUUUUAUGUGCGUGUAAAACAA